GCAUCCCCACUGUGAAAAAUCUUAACGUUCCCUGGAAACAAACAGAAAAUUAAAAAUCAUCAUCAAAUGGCUCCAAGUUGGAUUCAGAUGGGUCUAGCCCUUGUCCUAGUGACCGGGUUUUGGGCACAAGCCAAUGCUCAAUCAGGUUGCACCAAUGUGCUCAUUGGCAUGGCCUCAUGUCUCAGCUAUGUCACUGGAAAUUCCUCAAGCCCGACUUCUUCAUGCUGCUCGAAACUAGCUAAUGUGGUUCAAUCACAGCCACAGUGUCUCUGCACCGCCCUCGGUGAUGGUGGCUCAGUCUUGGGUUUCAACAUUAACCAAACUCUUGCUCUUUCACUGCCUGGUGCUUGCAAUGUGCAAACUCCACCACUUAGUGAAUGUAAUGCUGCUCAUUCGCCGGCAACAUCACCGGUUGGUUCUCCAGAAAGUAUGCCGGCAGAUUCUCCAACUAGCUCAUCAGCUUCAGGUGUAGCUGCUCCUUUGCCGGCAACAUCACCGGUUAGUUCUCCAGAAGGUAUGCCGGCAGGAUCUUCGGACGGAACUGCUGAUUCUCCAACUAGCUCAUCAGUUUCAGGUGUAGCUGGUCAUUCGCCGGCAACAUCACUUGUUGGUUCUCCAGAAGGAAUGCCAGCAGGAUCUUUGAACGGGACUCCUGAUUCUCCAACUAGCUCAUCAGUUUCAGCAGGAGCAGGAUCUAAAACAGUUCCAUCAGGCGGCACCACCUCCGAUGGCAGUACUACAAAGAUGCCUCUUCAGUUUGUCACCGUUUUGUUCUUGGCUUUGUACGCUUCAAUUUCGAGCAAAAUCUGAGUAUUCUAAGGGAGAUCUGGAGCUUCUAUAACAAUUUAAGACUAUUAUGUGUAUGAUAUAAUGUUUUCUUUGAAGUAUUUGGUUUGAUACAUGUAUGAAUGAAAUAUAUAUAUAUAAUGUUAAGUUCCAUUUACUACUUUUGUACUGUGAAAUUUUCUUUAAGAAUACUGAGCAAAGUUUUUUA